GCGCGCCUGCGCUGCACCGCCCCCUGGCGGCCGCGGGGAGGGCUCUCGGUCGGCGCUGCGGCAACAUGGCGGGGCGGCCUAUGCAAGCAGCAAGAUGUCCCACAGAUGAGCUGUCCUUGACCAACUGUGCUGUGGUGAACGAGAAGGACUUCCAGUCUGGGCAACAUGUUGUGGUGAAGACCUCUCCCAACCACAAGUACAUCUUCACGCUGAGAACCCACCACUCAGUGGUCCCUGGCAGCAUCGCCUUCAGCCUGCCCCAGAGAAAAUGGGCUGGACUCUCCAUUGGACAGGAGAUUGAUGUCUCCUUGUACACCUUUGACAAGGCCAAGCAGUGCAUCGGCACCAUGACCAUCGAGAUCGACUUCCUGCAGAAGAAGAACAUUGACUCCAACCCCUACGACACAGACAAGAUGGCUGCAGAGUUCAUCCAGCAGUUCAACAGCCAGGCCUUCUCCGUGGGCCAGCAGCUUGUGUUCAGCUUUAAUGACAAGCUCUUUGGGCUGUUGGUGAAGGACAUGGAAGCCAUGGAUCCCAGCAUUCUCAAAGGGGAGUCUGGAACAGGCAAAAAGCAGAAGAUUGAGGUUGGCUUGGUUCUUGGGAACAGUCAAGUUGCCUUUGAGAAAGCUGAGAACUCCUCUCUCAAUCUGAUUGGUAAAUCCAAGACCAAGGAGAACCGUCAGUCAAUCAUCAACCCAGACUGGAAUUUUGAGAAAAUGGGCAUAGGGGGCCUGGACAAAGAAUUCUCGGAUAUUUUCCGACGAGCUUUUGCUUCUCGAGUUUUCCCACCUGAAAUUGUGGAGCAAAUGGGCUGCAAGCACGUGAAGGGCAUCCUGCUGUAUGGGCCCCCAGGCUGUGGGAAGACCCUGAUGGCCAGGCAGAUUGGGAAGAUGCUGAAUGCCAGGGAGCCAAAGGUGGUCAACGGGCCCGAGAUCCUCAACAAAUACGUGGGCGAGUCGGAGGCCAACAUCCGCAAACUGUUUGCUGACGCCGAGGAGGAGCAGAGGAGGCUGGGAGCCAACAGUGGGGUGCACAUCAUCAUCUUCGACGAGAUCGACGCCAUCUGCAAGCAGAGGGGCAGCAUGGCGGGCAGCACCGGUGUGCACGACACCGUGGUGAACCAGCUGCUGUCCAAGAUCGACGGCGUGGAGCAGCUCAACAACAUCCUGGUCAUCGGAAUGACCAACAGACCUGACCUGAUUGAUGAGGCUCUGCUGAGGCCAGGGAGGCUGGAGGUGAAGAUGGAGAUCGGCUUGCCAGAUGAGAAGGGCCGGUACCAGAUCCUCCAUAUCCACACGGUGAGGAUGAGGGAGCACCAGCUGCUGGCUGAGGAUGUGGACAUUGCAGAACUGGCAGUGGAGACCAAGAACUUCAGUGGUGCUGAGCUGGAAGGUUUGGUUCGAGCUGCUCAGUCCACUGCCAUGAACAGACACAUCAAGGCCAGUAAUAAAGUGGAAGUGGACAUGGAGAAGGCUGAGAGUCUUCGUGUGACCAGGGGAGACUUCUUUGCAUCCCUGGAGAACGACAUCAAACCGGCAUUUGGAACCAACCAGGAGGACUAUGCCAGCUACAUCAUGAACGGGAUCAUCAAGUGGGGGGACCCUGUGACGAGGGUGUUGGACGAUGGGGAGCUGCUGGUUCAGCAGACGAAGAACAGCGACCGCACUCCCCUGGUCAGCGUGCUCCUGGAAGGUCCCCCCCACAGUGGGAAAACUGCUCUAGCAGCAAAAAUAGCUGAAGAAUCCAACUUCCCCUUUAUCAAGAUCUGUUCUCCAGAUAAGAUGAUUGGGUUUUCUGAAACAGCCAAGUGCCAGGCCAUGAAGAAGAUCUUUGACGAUGCCUACAAGUCCCAACUCAGCUGUGUGGUCGUGGAUGACAUCGAGCGUCUUCUGGAUUAUGUCCCCAUUGGACCUCGGUUCUCCAAUCUGGUCUUGCAAGCCCUGCUUGUGCUGCUGAAGAAGGCCCCCCCUCAGGGCCGGAAGCUGCUGAUCAUCGGCACCACGAGCCGCAAGGACGUCCUGCAGGAGAUGGAGAUGCUGAAUGCCUUCAGCACCACCAUCCAUGUGCCCAACAUUGCAACGGGGGAGCAGCUCAUGGAGGCCUUGGAGCUCUUGGGUAACUUCAAAGACAAGGAGCGCAGCACCAUUGCACAGAAUGUCAAAGGGAAGCCUGUCUGGAUCGGGAUCAAGAAGCUGCUGAUGCUGAUAGAAAUGUCAUUACAGAUGGAUCCUGAGUAUCGAGUGAAAAAGUUCUUGGCUCUGCUGAGAGAAGAAGGAACGUGCCACAGGGAGUAGUUGAGCCCAGUGGGACAGUGGCAUCUCCUAGAGAAUGACUUUCUAAUACAUGUAGGGCAGUGCCUGUGCUGGGGCAGCUCACACCACUAUCUAUCCUGGCUACAUGUGAGUGGGUUCCAGUGUGUGCUUGAUGCUUUAUACAUGUGCAUGAUGCUUUCCUGAUGGAUUUGGCUUCUUUUGCAAGAGUUCCUACCCUAGACUGAAGGUGGACCAAGUGCAAGAUCAACAGCUGGAAAAGCGACCAACCUGGAGAAAAUACACUGGGAUCUUUACUCUUCUGUGCUCAACACACUGGACAAAGUGAAAUGCUCCCCAUUUCCCAGAGCCCCAUGUGGAGUCUGCAUGUUUAGUGCAAUACAGUAUCUUUAUUCUUUGUCUUUAAUAUUCUGAUGUCAUGUGGAAGUGUCUCCUAGAACACUGUGCUUCUGUCUCUGUGCAGCCAGGCUGCAUCCUUUGAUUUGAGCAUGGGGGAAUGUCCUGGGAGUUUGAAGCCAAUGCUCACUUGUGUCCAGCAUUCCUGCAGUGCAAAGAGAUCCUGACUCCUAAUAAACCUGCCAGUCUGGUGAAGGGACACUGCAGCACUGCUCUGUCAUAUCCUGGUCAGGUGGAGGCUUUCUUGUGGUGUCAUCCCAUCCCUCACUGAACUCUGAGCCAGACCCACACCCCACAGGCAGUGCCCACAGCAGUCCAGCUCCAGGACUGCCUGGAUGUUGCACCUGCUUUAUUUAUAUCCAGGUAUUUUGGGGCCCCAUGAGACACUGCCAGCGGCACUGGGGACGGGAAGAGGGCAGGGAGAUGUUGAUCAGAGUAGAGGAAAUUUCCAAAUCCAGUAUUUAAGGCAUCAAAAGCUUGUUGUUAAUUCAACAACAGUUUUAGAGACGCUGGUUCCAGCCUCCAGCUCUUCCUGAGCUCAUGUAGGUGGCAGCUUUGGUGUCCUCCAGCCUCACAUCCCAUUUCCAUGCCAUGCUACCAAAGGUUGAAAUUCCUCCUUGGACACAGAGAGGAAGCCAAGCUCUGCAGGUGCACGAGAUGUGCAUUGCCAUGUUUUUGCACUGAAAUAAAGGAAUGUAUCAAACUUUGCUCCAUGGUCCUUCCCAAUGGCCACGUGGCCUCACUGGGGUGCUGCCAGUGGCUGCGUGAGGCUCCCCUGGUUCUGGGGCUCUGCUCCUUCAGUAAUGUUCAUGGCACAUACCUCAGUGUGGUGGGGCAUGAAAUCAAAGCCAUUUAUCAGAUAUGAGUCAGUGUAGCUUCCUAAACUUGCCCAGAGCCCCUGCAAGGGCUUGCAGUGGUACCAGAGUGGUGUCCAGGGAAGGAGAUGCUCCACAUCCUUCCAGACCCAAGGUGCAGGUACUGUUGUCCUCAGUGUGUGCUCACAGCAGUGGGGGUGUUCCAGCCACCCCCCUCUGUUCUCUGGCAGUGCUGAUGUGUUGUGAUGCCCUUGUGAGUCCCAGUGCUGGCUGUUCCCUCUCAUUUUGUGUAUGACCUUGUGGAUUUAUUUGUUCCUCCCUCCCCUCUGCCAGUCUGGGUGACAGCAGCACACAGUAACUUAUAUUUCAGAGUAAACGCUGUAAACCUUACCAUGUCUUUGUCCAGAACUAUAUUGAUGAAUAAAUAUCUGGUUUAAUUGCACAUUCAGUGGAUUCAAUAAAAAGCACAACUCCUUGUGA